AUUAUGUGUCAGAUGAUCUUGUACGAGAUAUUUUUAAUACUUAUUUGAUAUAUACGCCUGCAACAAAGGAUGAUAAUGUAGCAUUAAGUCUUUUGAAAUCAUUUUUAUGUAGGGCAUUAAGUUUCCAUAUUGGUGAAAAAUUAAAUUCUAGUGACCAUGACCAAACUUUAAAUAAUGUAAAAAAAUUAGAUUAUGUUACAAAAGAUUUGAAA